AUGUCUGACCCAGUAGAAUUGAAGAAACUGGUAAAACAGCUACAAAGCGCAACAACCGAGCAGGAGAUUGUCGACAUCCUCCAGACGCUAAAAAAAGAAUUCCAGGUCAAUGAAGCCAUCUUGAGGGAAAGCAAAGCCGGGUUAGCAGUCGGGAAACUACGCACGCAUGCAAAAAAGGAGGUGGCCGAUGCAGCGAAAGAGCUCGUGAAGAAGUGGAAAACAGAGGUCGAGCGAGCAAAGGCCGGUGGCACCCACCCUGCGAAAGCGGCGCCAGCCCGCAAAGCCUCGAUCGUCAGUGGUCCAUCAACACCGAUAACGCCUACUGCACCCAGUGGCGGCAAACCCGAAGUUCGAACUGCAAAGAAAGAUGGGGUAUCAAUGAAUCACACAGGAGACACUACGCGAGACAAGUGCAUGGAACUCGUCUACGAUUCUUUGGCCGUAGACUCUGGAUCACCUUCGGAGCAGCUGUUUGACCGCGCUAGAGCCAUCGAGAAGGCAGUUUAUACUGAACACGGGUCCACAAACGCAGCGUACAAGGCGAAGAUACGCACGCUAUUUGUGAACCUGAAGGAUAAGAACAACCCAAGCUUGCGGGGGAACGUUGUCAGUGGCGAGCUGCCUGUUGAACGCUUCACGAAGAUGUCCAGUCAGGAAAUGGCGUCAGAAGAACGAAAGGCUGCUGACAGCAAAAUCCGCGAGGACAAUCUCUUCGCUUCUUUGGGCGCUGGGGAGCAGCAAGCAGAAACGGAUGCCUUCCAAUGUGGCCGAUGCAAGCAAAGAAAAUGUCGUUACCGUCAGGCACAAACUCGCAGUGCUGAUGAACCUAUGACCACAUUCGUUACAUGCACUGUUUGCAACAACAGAUGGAAAUUCUCUUAA